UUUCAUUACAUUAAUUGCAUCACAUGCUGACAGCAGAUACGGACAGGGUAUUUGAAGGCUUGUUUCGUUGUUUAUUUUCCAUAACCAACGUGAAAGUGAGGUAAAGUUUCAAAAAAGUUUUUGAAAAUGCGGAUUUAUUUGGUUUUGUCGCUUGCAGUCAUUGGAAGAGUUGCCUAUGCCAACGGGGAUGACAAAUGUGGUAGCGAUCUGCUGUGCAGGUCUUCGUUCACCUACUCGGUUUUAAACCAUCUGUUCCCACCUUACUUCAUGAAAUCAACGCCAAUGAAGCUCCAGGGGAAGCGACCCUUCCUUUACUACAUGCAACAGGCCGUAGAAAAGUACAACACAGAGUUUAAGAACUUUACUGCUACGUACUACCCCACUUACGGUUAUUUUAUUGAAGGCAUCAACGGCCUCAUGGGCAAUUUUAAGGACAACAGAACGUACUGGGAGUUUUCUAAUGCAACUUUUGGUCCUUUGGAUAAGGGUGUGAGUUCCUACAUACCAAGCUCAGGAGACAAGGUCCUUUUCAACUUCACGAUCGAUUCCCGUCCGCGCACCGUGCAGCGCACAUUCAACGGCCUUGAUCCGAAGAAAUUCAAACCUUGAGAUACAACGUUCAUGUUUUACAAAAAUAAUUAACAUGGCGCCGUGUAUCGACUCCAUUUUUUCGCUUGAUUGUUGCUCAUUUCGAAAUGCAUAUAUGACUGAUUGUGUAUAUAACUAGUGCAAAUGUAUACCAAUUAUUUAUAUAAACCAAAUUUAUUUACAAACAAUACAAGCACAUUAUUACAAAACACAUUCGAUUAAACAAUUUGUAUAAACACUUAACAAAAUCAAUAUCUAUGCAUAACAUUAAAUACAAUGCAACCUUGGAAACAAUAAUUUUAUUUAAAUCCAAGAUUCAAUAAAGUACACCUAUUUCUUAAGUAACGUAAAAUAUAACUGUGAAGAUCAACGUUUCCGUGAUAAUCAGAGGAUUCAAUAUUAUACCUAACAUUUAAGGACGGGUUUCAACAUGCUCGGUUUAUAUAACGUAGCAAUAUUGUAACAAGUACAUGACUGUCUAGACUAAAUCGCCCGAUUUUAGCAAAAAGGACAAUGUGCCUUCUAAUUUCAAUGUCAUAUUGUACCUUUUGCACCAAUUGGGCGAAAUUAUAUAUCUUAAUGUGACUUGUUUGAACAUGAAAUAAACGGUGUACAGAAAAUGGAAAUAAAUAAAAAUGUAACAACA